GAAGAUGAAUAUCUUUAUCUUGCUGGUGCUUCUGGGGACCUCACUUAAAGAAAGUCAAGCACUCAAGAUAGCAUCUUUCAACAUCCAACGCUUUGACGAAUCAAAAUCCAACAAUGCUGAAAUCAUGAAUGUGCUGACAACGAUCUUGCAGAGGUACCAGCUGGUAGCAGUGCAGGAGAUAAUGGAUUCAGAUAAUGCUGCUGUUAAGCACUUGGUUCACCAGCUCAACCAAGAGUCUGGCUGCCAUUAUAAUUUCAUCCUUUCUGACCACCUGGGACGCAGUAGCUACAGAGAGAGAUAUGCCUUUGUUUACAACGAGGAACUGCUUCAGCCACUGGACUGGUACCAUUAUGACGAUGGCUGUGAAGAAUGUGGAACUGAUUCUUUCAUCAGGGAACCUUUCAUUGUAAAGUUCAGCUCCCCCAGUACAGUGCUGAAAGAGCUUGUCCUGGUUGUCAUCCACACGAGCCCAGAUUAUGCUGUGCAGGAGGUGGAUUCUCUGUUUGAUGUUUGGACUGAUGCCAAGCAGCAUUUCAACACAGAGGAUGUUAUUAUAUUGGGGGAUUUCAAUGCAGACUGCAGUUUUCUUCCUGCGAACAAGUGGCCUCUUGUCCGACUUCGACAAUCCAAGGCUCUAAGCUGGCUGAUUGUGGACAGUGAAGACACAACUGUGAGUGUGAACACUCACUGUGCCUACGACAGGAUUGUGGCAAGUGGCACGGUGCCAGACACAAUUAUUCCUGGAUCUGCCUCAGCAUUCAACUACCAGAAGGCUCUAGGCCUCUUGUAUGAUAAGGCAAGAGAUGUCUCUGAUCAUUACCCUAUAGAAGUGGAGGUCAAAGACAGCGCUACUUGGGAUGGCAUGAUGUUUGAGCCAAGCUCCUCCCUGGGGAUAGAAGGUGGCCAGUCAGGAAUGCCAUGUGACUGUGUAGGAGUGGAUUUCACCACCUGCAAGGGGCGCUGUGGAGCCUACAACCCCAGUCUGCCUUGCCACUGCAAUGCUUCAUGCUCCAAGUACAACAGCUGCUGUGCAGACUACAAGGAGUUCUGUCAAGACUGAAAACAUCAGCACAACACAACAGUGUCAUGCAUACUAUACAACACCCACACACCCAAUAGUCCCAUGUUUUUAGCAGUGCCAAAAAUGUCAUAGCACAAAAAACAGAACACAGCUCUAACAAUACAUGCAAGUGUGAGUAUAAGAGCCAUGCUUUCAGAAAAUUAAGCAUCACAACAUAAUACAAAGCAAAAGUACAAUUAGCAAUGCCAUAUAUAGUGCACUGUGCCAUUAAACAAUGAUGAAAGUCUCACAACACAAGGGAGGUUAACUGUGCCUCGCAGAAUCAACAGUGCAAUUAAUAAGUUUACACAUUCUGAACAAAAUGCACGCCAACGUGACAUUACGCAAAAGUACCAGAUGUGGCAUACAAUCACUACACUCAAGACUAUGAAUAGUAGUGUUGAAUAGUCUGAACAAUCAUAAAGACAUCGCUACACACUAAAAUAUAGUACACGGCCACAACAUGCAGUAGUAUGAUUUGAUUCUCUGAUGCUCACAUUGUGAAUUUUAUAACACAAAAAAGAGGAGAACAGCACCAUUCAUUACACAUACACUAUAUAGCUAUUAAUGCAAUAAAAAUAUCAUAACACCAUACAACACAAAAGUGUGGUUAACACAGCCAUACAUAGUACACAGUACAACAUAUCAAUGAUGAGAGUAACACUAUAGAAAAAUGAGGUUAACAAGUCCAUACAACGCAUACAAGGCCAUCAGGCCCAAAAACAGCAAGCAAAAUCACAGAUUCUGAGCAGUACUAAAACAGUAUGCUAACACAGAGCACAACAUCAAAAAAUAUAAAAGUAUGGUUAUCGGAGCCACACAUUCUGAACACUUGUGAAAGUUAAUUCAUCCAUCCAUCCAUUUUCCAACCCGCUGAAUCCGAACACAGGGUCACGGGGGUCUGCUGGAGCCAAUCCCAGCCAACACAGGGCACAAGGCAGGAACCCAUCCUGGGCAGGGUGCCAACCCACCGCAGGACACACACCAAGGACAAUUUAGAAUCACCAAUCCACCUAACCAGCAUGUCUUUGGACAGUGGGAGGAAACCGGAGCGCCCGGAGGAAACCCACGCAGACACGGGGAGAACAGGCAAACUCCAUGCAGGGAGGGCCCGGGAAGUGAACCCGGGUCCCCAGGUCUCCCAACUGCGAGGCAGCAGCGCUACCCACUGCGCCACCGUGCCGCCCAGUUAAUUCAUCCCCACGAUACAAAUGGGUACAAUUAGCAAGGCAACACAUUCUUCCCAAUUGCUGUAAACAUCAUAAUAGCACAAAAUAAACACAAGAGUGAGGCUAGAAGUACUACACAGUAUACAUAUCACCACAAUACCCAAAAUUAGGAUUAGUAGGGGAACUUCUAAGUGACAUUAUGUGUAUCCCAAACAACACAAUGCUGACACUGCUGAUGAUAAACUUAUCUUGAAGCCUAUUGAACUGAUGUUUCAAAAGAUAUAUAAUAAAAAUGUUAAAACUG